AUGGCUCCGGUUACCCAGAGUGAAGUCGACCUCGAAAGUCGUACUUCGGAAAUGGCCAGCCAGGACUCUCCGUUACGCCGACAAUUCUCCGAACCCAUUCAGGCACACUCUACUUCUACCCAGGCAUCCCCAUCUCCUUCCCCUAUCGCUCACAAAUCUAAAUGUGCUUGGUGUGGAAUGUAUUUUGAAUCAUCAGGUGAUGAAUCCAUCUCUAGCAACGAGGCUCUUAAAAAGCAUAUCGCAACUGUUCAUCCUCAUAUUGCUAAAUUUUCCAUGUAUGACGACCCUGGCGAUGAUGAUGACGAUGAUGAUGAUGAUGAGCAUUUUGAAACCGAAGAUAUGGCUUCUCCCAACGAGCAUGGCUCGCGGCAUACUGUCGAGCUUGAAGGUGACGACAACAUCGUUGAAGGCGCUGAAGCCACUGAGCUGUACGACGAAAAUGAAAAAGGUGUUGCCGACCUUAAUGGGGAAGAACCUGAAGCUGAAGCGGAGGUAGAAGUCCCCGAAGGCGAGUCUGAUCGGGCCCUUUCCAAUCAACUACAUGAAUUCUCUCGCGAGCAAGAUUCUGUUUCUUUGGAAAAACGUCUCCACAAUUUCUGGAACAUCCACAACGUUCGCAAUUUUUCCGACGAUUACGAUGCUAAGACUACUAGCAUCGGCAAAACAUGGACAGCUGUCUUUCAUGAAUCCAAGCGUCUUGGCAAGAAACGGGACGCGCCUGAACUCAGUGGACGACCUGACCCGUACAAGAAGCCAAAGGUUGGACGGGGCGAGUUUCUUGAAAUUACCCCUCUUGAAGACUUCCUGUCUCAGCUCCGUGACCCGGAAUUGCGUUCUAUCGACGAGCUGUACGCGAUCACAGAGAACGUUUCCUAUACUUUGAAAGCAUGGCAAGACGAGUACCUGGCGAUUGACAAGCUCCAGAAACUUGCCACCAGACAUCAGGCUAAAGCAACAAGUGACCCGAGGAAAUUCGAACGACCACAGGUCUUUGAAGAUAAGAAGGAAGCUAUGCUCUACGGCUACAAGCAUGACCCCAAGGAAGAUAAGGUUGGCAAUCAAAACCCAUUUGUGCAGGGAGGUUUCAAACCAACCCCUGCUCAAUUCCGAAAGAUGACCGCAAAGGCUGGCCCGAACAACCCCAACCCCGAUGGAUGGCCUACUAUUUUGAAAUUUAAUGUCGAGCAUGUACCAAAGUUUCAAAAUCCUCCACGUGAAGAAUUCGUUGGAAAGGCGACCCGCAAACGGAAGGCUGCAGAGAUGGAAGCGGCCAACAAAGCUAAUGAGACCGAGGAAGUUGCUGAGAAAACACCAACGCCGGCUGAACCUGACCAAGAUUAUAUCAACGCCGUAAAGCGCCGUACUCGAACCCGUCGCCAAACCACUGAAGUCGAGCUGGUCGAGCCCGGACCAAAAGGGUCUGUCCGUGGUCGUGGUGGUCGUGCACGUGGAAGAGGGGGUGCUCGCGCAGGCUCUCGUGCAGCUUCCGAAGCACCACUGACUCCCGUUCCUGCCACUACUGUAGCACCGUCUCGCUCUGCCUCCGCCCGACAGGCAACGGAUGUUUCACAAACACACACUGGAACCUCCCAGUUGGUGCCAAUUGAGCCUGCCCCUAGUGGAAGUGCAGAAGCUGUGUCUACCGCCGACCGCCAGGAAGUAGGUGCACAGGACGAAUCCUUUGAUGCAGCGGAACUCGCUCGACGUCAGAAGAUCGCCAAUUCGAAGAAUCCCAAACGUACCGAAGCUAUGCUCAACCACUGGGCCCGAUUCAACCGGGAGGGUCGUGUCCGCAACCCAAAACGCUCCAAGGCCCAAAUCGAGGCCGACCGAGUGGCAGAGGCAGCCAGAAAGGCGGCAGAGCCUCCAAAGAUUAUUGGAAAGAAGAAAAAGUCAACCAGCCCUGUUAUUAUUGGGCCCCCGCGACCCGACCCCGGUCUUGCCCUUGCUCCUGCUCCUCCAGCUAUGACUGUCCCGACUCCUUUAGCACCUGGCCCUCAUACCCAACCCCCGCAGCUGGCACCAAUUGCUGCCGCUCGUGGUCCAUUGGCUCCAUACCCUCCCCCUAUGGAUCCCCGGGCGGUGGUCUCAUUCCCUCCUCCCCGUGGACCUCUUCAGCCGCCACCCCCUCAACCCUAUCAUACCCCGUAUCCCGACUACUAUAUCCCUUAUGGGGCGGCGGCUGGAUUGCCUCCUCAUCCUCCUCCUCCAGGCCACCCGCGCCCUGCAUGA